UUCAAGGACAAGCCUGACGUCCAGUACAAUUCAAACCAGUGCUAGGGAUGGCUGUUCUUUAAAUAGACGGGCGUGGAACAGCCGUCAAUAGCUACCUUGCGAUGAGGUUGGUGCAAGUGCUUUCGUACCUACGUGUCACGCAUAUGUUUACGUAUACUUUCUUGUAAAUGACAGUAGUAGACUGAUGACACGUUGAGGAGUGAGUCGACAUCUGUCUAUCGCGCGUGAGUUGUCGCCGCUGCUGAUAGCGUCUGUGUGCGGUAGUCACAUGAAUACAGACGAACGCGCGUGUUUUGUGUGAGGGCGUUGCCCUGGAUACGAAGACAACGGUGGCGUCGAAAAUGGCGGCGACCGCACUGAAGACGCCGUUGUUGUUGACAUUGUUGUCAGCGUUGUCAGUGCAGUUCGCUUUGUGUCAACAAGUGCCAGGUGGUGGCUACUACAAUAGGGACGGAGUGUUCGUACCACCGACCCCCGGGGACCCCAACUACAGGACUUACGUGCUCAAUGGUCGUCGUUAUGGUCUCAGCCAGCCGCCUCCUGAGUCCACGUACGGCUACGACAGGAACAGGCCAGGCUUCGACGACAGAUACCGGUACCAGCAGGACAACAAUGGCGUGCCGCUGCCGGGCGUGCUGGCUGGCUGGCGGCCGGACCUGCAGGGCAAGGAGCGCGCCGACUCGCGCCAGCUGGAGCGCGACGUGCUGGUGGAGACGAGCUACGGCCAGGUGCAGGGCUUCCGCGUCUACCUGUACGACAACCCGCUGCCCGAGUCGGGCUUCUGGCCCGGCCAGACGCCCGUGGAGCGCGUGCAGGCCAGCGUCUCCGUCUUCCUCGGCGUCCCGUACGCCAUGCCGCCCGUCAACGAGGGACGCUUCAAGCCACCAAGAGCACAUCGAGGCUGGCAACUUAUACAAGCUGUGGACUUUGGCCCUGCUUGCCCACAGCCAAUACAGUACAUAGGAGCAACAAAAGGAAUUCGCGACAUGGAUGAAGACUGCCUGUACUUAAAUAUAUAUUCACCAACAACAGCAUCAGGGAGAGCCCAGCCUUUUCCUGUUAUGGUUUAUAUACAUGGUGGAGAUUUUACCAGUGGUGCCUCAAACUUAUUUCCUGCUCAUAUGAUGGCUGGUUUUUAUGAAGUGGUUGUAGUGACUAUAAAUUACAGACUGGGAGCUUUAGGUUUCUUGAGCACAGGAGAUGAAAACUCACCUGGGAACUAUGGUAUCCUAGACCAAGCAAUGGCUCUAAAUUGGAUAAAUGACAAUAUCAGGUUCUUCAAUGGAGAUUCUAAGUCAAUCACUCUGUUUGGACCUGGAGCAGGGGCAGCAUCAGCAGGAUUGCUUAUGGUGGCACCCCGCACAAGAAACCUAAUCAGCAAAGUGAUCGCACAGAGUGGCUCUGCAUUGGCUGACUGGGCAUUCACCAUAGACAAAUACAGAGCACAAAACACAAGCCGAGUAUAUGCUCAGCACAUAGGAUGCAGCAUUGAAACAUCAUGGAAACUGGUCAAUUGUUUGAAACAGGGGCGUUCCUAUAUUGAUCUUGGAAACAGCAAGUUCCAGCCUCAGGUUGGUACCUUCCCUUGGGCUCCGGUAUUGGAUACUAAUUUUACUAUGCCUGGUGACAGCUGGUAUGAGGGUUGGAAAGAAAGAGAUUGGAGAUUUCUCUCAGAAACACCUGAGUCUUUAAUCAAAAGAGGUGAAUUCAAUAAAGGUUUAAGCUACAUGACUGGUGUUACAACCCAAGAAGCAGCAUACAUGAUAUAUGAUAAUGACACUUUAGCACCUUACUAUACUGUGGACAAUCAAUUCUUUGAUCAAAAAAUAAGAGAGUUGGUUUUUCGUUAUAACUACACUUUAAAUCCUGAAGGGAUAUAUCAAGCAAUUAAGUACAUGUACACCUAUUGGCCUGAACCUAACAACACCAAUUAUAUCCGUGAUCGCUAUAUUGAUAUGAUGUCUGAUUUUCUGUACAGAGCACCAACAGAUAAAAUAGUGAAGUUACUUGUUGACAGAAAUGUACCCGUAUAUAUUUAUGUUUUAAACACAACAGUGGAGGCCUUCAAACUUCCUCAGUGGAGAAAAGUACCUCAUAAUAUAGAACACUACUUUCUAACAGGAGCACCUUUUAUGGAUGUUGAAUUCUUUCCAAGAAAACCACGCUUAGAACGCACCAUGUGGACACCAAAUGAUCGAAAUAUGAGCCAUUUCUUCAUGAAAGCUUACACUAAUUUUGCAAGAUAUGGGAACCCAACACAUACACAGAUCCUUGGCCUGCACUUCGACAUGGCUCGUAGUGGCCAGUUGAAGUAUCUCAACCUCAAUACGACAUACAACUCAACAAUCAUGCUCAAUUAUCGACAGACUGAGGCCGCAUUCUGGACUAAUUAUUUGCCAACAGUAAUUGGUCGCUUACUUCCAACAUAUCCACCAUACACAGAGUUUUGGUGGGAACCCAAGGAACCACUGCAGAUAGCUUUCUGGAGUGUUUCAGGUGCUUGUCUGUUACUGAUUGUCAUUGUAGUAAUCUGUUGCAUUCUGUGGAGGAAUGCCAAGAGACAAUCUGAUCGUUACUAUGGGGGUGAUAUCAUGCUACGAGAUGAAAUGGGAGACACUCAUGAAGGAAUUGACAACCACAGUGCUACAAAUGUGUACGAGUAUCGAGAUACACCACCGCCUAAACAAAAACAAAAACAGCAGCUCAAUCACUAUGAACAGAGGAGGAGUGCUAGUACUCCCUCAUUAAGGACUGGAAGUGCAAUAUCAUUGAAAGACUCUAGCAGUUUUACAACUAGCAGUCCAACUGGUGAACCACGAAAAGUUCCAGAACAAAGAAAUACACCUGUUGUUCCAAGGAAGCCAAAAACUCUUUUGGGAGAAGAUGGUGUGCCACAAACACAAGUUUAAAUUGGCAGUGCUACUGAAUUAUAUACGUAUGAUCUCAUAAGAGUUAAAGCCAAUAAUCAUUAGAUGAUUAGAAACAAAGCAGAAAUAUAGUACAAAUGGCAUCUGAUGUUUCUACUGUUAAACUUCACUUCAUUCUUUAGUGAUGUGUGAAGUAUGAGAUAUACAUCAUAUAGGUUUAGUGAAAAGAAACAGUCCUUACAUGUCAUCUGCACAAGUGAAAACUAUUAUUCUUUUAGAGUGCCAUACAGAUUUUUGUCAGCUAUGAUGUAUUUUGUGCCUACAAUUAGUUACUCAAGCUUUCAACAAAAGGCUUUACAUACAUGAAGAGUUGGAGUGAUUCCUAUGAACAUAAAGACUGGUUUUGAAAUAUUUUUAAGCCUCAAAUUCUGAACAGUUGGAGUACUCCUGCUAGUUCAUAUUGCAACAGCAUUCCAAUGUAUUGUUGUUCAGCAUAUUUUAACUACCAGAAAACCUGAGCAAUGUCAAAGAAAUUUCAUUCAACUACUACAUAUUAUUUUUGUGAUGCAUCCAUAGAUUCUAUACAGACAUAGUAACAUCUAUACAUUCAUAUUUUUACUUAAAUUUAAGACCCAUUUUCAUAUUCAAUUUUAAGGAUAUUCACUCAGGUUUUGUGAAGAAUUUGCCCUAUACAAUAUCACUAUUUAUAAUCCUUUUCAUAAUGUGUCUCAUGAGAAAUAUUUCCUUAUUUUUUGUUUUGAUCCAUUUGGCCCUUAAUGUAUUUAGACUCUCAGAUUUGUGUUGGAAGUAGUUGGACAGCUAGUUACCUAACUGUCAUAAAUUUCUAGAGUAUUCAGUUUUUACUUAAAUUUCACAACAGAUCACAUGCCAGACCCUCUUGGACUGUAUUCUAUUUCUUAAAAUGUGAGAUAAAGUUGUGCAGGUAGCAUUCACUGGCAUAAUUUGAUAAUAUUUGUCUCUUGAUACAGUUAGACACUCAGAUAUAUGUUGGAAAAAUUUGGACUGCCACCUAGUGAAUAGUGAUAAAUUUCUUGAAUAAUCAGUUUCUUUUACAUUCAACUUCACUAAAUGAUACAUUCAGCACUAUCUCAACGUAUUUUACAUUUCAUAAAAUGUGAGACAGAAUUUUGCAAAUAGUGCACACUGUCAUAAUUUGGUAAACUAGUGAAUAUUGCACUUUAUCAGUAUGCAAGGAUAAGAUGUAUGGAAAAAAUUUCAUCACAGUUUGCCUAUUUGUGACAGAAAGCUCUAUUGGCCAAUGUUAACUUGAGAUGAUUACUUCAAAUAAUGGGAACUUAAAAAAAUAAAAGUAACUGGUGAAUUGAAAACUAAACCAAAAUAUUUGAAAAAGGAGACUGUAAUACAAGUAAUAAGAGCAGAUGAAAAAAUUAAAAGAUUAAAUACCUUUAAAAAUUAUUUAAUCAUUUAAUAUAACUUUACAUAAACACUCGGAGCUAUUGAUCUGUUUCUCAGUAUGUACUUAUAAUAAAAAGAAAUUCCUUAUCAAGCCAAUUUCAACAAGUAUUCAGUGCCCAUAACAAACUGUCACUUUAAAUCACACUGAAAUUGCUUUAUUAAUUGAACCUCAAAUAGAUUUUAAUUUUAUGAAAUUGGAGAUGAAAUAAUGAAUAGUCGCAGAUCAUCAGUCAUAAUCACAUGUGUUUCAACAAUAUAAGGAAAAGGGUAGACUGCUACUCAGUGUAAAGAUGACACACAGUGAGUGUCAUCUAUAUGGUGUGUGUGUCAUCUUUAUGGUGAGUAAUCAUCUUUACAGUGAUGAGUAGCAAUCUAUCCUUUUCCUUAUUUUGCUGAUAUUUCACAUGUACUUCAAGUGCAGAUAAUUGCAUCAUCACCAUAUAUUUGCAUUUAAUCAACAUCCAUGCUUCUUUGAUUAUUAAAGGCCAACUUUGUAAUAUACAUUUGCAAAUGAAUUAGAUAAUCAAAGGUUCUCUGCUUCAUACAUUAACUAAAGACAUUUUUUUAAAUAAUGGAAUAAGUUGCUUACAGUUAGUCUAGUCAGAAUGUUGUUGAUGAACUGAAACAAGAUAUUUAUAAUCAUAAAAGUAUAAAAAAGAAAAGAAUGUAGAUAUUUUUGCUUUCAAAAAGAGCACAUGCAAGGGAAUAUUAACAUAACAUUUUAAGAAGCUGUGAAAAUGUAAAAUACUGAGACAAAAUGGCAUUCAUGUGUGGAAGACAAUUUUCAGCUUCUCAGCAAAAAAUAAUGAUUACAUCAAGAAAGACGAGCUCUUUAGGUUGGGUAGUUUGUGUUAUCUUUUCCCAGAAAGUAUCUAUAUGCAACGGAUAAGUAGCGUACUGUAACAGAAAUAUAAAUAUUGUACAUAUUGGAAGAUUGUUAUUUAGCAUAAAGCAUCCAAAAGAUAGAAUGGUAUUUGCAUAAUCUUCAGAAUACCUAUUCUGAGGACUUUAAGAGCUAAAUACAAGAUGAAAAUGGGUAGGAAGUUGGCAGAAAUUCAAAUGGAAGAAGUGAUUGAUACAGAGGUUGUAGAAUCUGCAGCUCCUUAAGCUAUCUGGAUGUAAUAGAGCUAUAAAAUGUUCUUAUUUAAGUUUUUUAACUGGUUCCGUCUGGACAUAGUAGCAUUUCUAUCCAUCUCAGCAGAACUGACACUAGUGUUAUAAUGUGUUUUCUCCCUCAAAACACUGUGUAUCGCUCAUAUAAGUUGUCAGAAUGAGUUUGGUGAAUGUGCCUUUUUUCAAAAAAAACCUCAGAAUUUGAUUUGAAAGUAUCUAUCAUUAAAAUUUAAAAAGAUACAUUUUUGUAUCUCAAAUUAUGUAUAUUGCUUUUGAGAAAUUUCAUAGGGAGUUCUGGUAUACAUACAUAUACUCUUUUGUGUUACCUUUUCAAAAUAUUUGCAUGUCUUUGAAGAAAAAGGUUCAGUGAAUAUGAAGCAAGUUUUCCAGAACUGAAUAAAAUUCUUUUUAGCUGGUACAUUAUAACUGACAUGAAAUCUGCAUUUCAUAAUAGCAAAAAACCAGUAUCAGUAGCAAGCAACUACUUAAACUUGGGGGAGGGGGGGGGGCUGAUUUACAAUUCUCUACCUAGUUUGAGUUACAGAUACAGAAGAACACGUGCAAAGCAUUGGUUCAUGUAUGGGUGUGUGCACUUACUAGUAAAUAUCCAGGAUAAGUUUCUAGAUAAUUUUUAGAGUGACACACGAAUAUCAGGCUAAAACCUUGAAGAUCCUAACUUUUCAGUAAUUUAGCACUACUUUUGUGGUAUUCAUCUGCCUGUUGGAAACACUGCUGCAUUGUUGUCAUUACCGUGAAGGUAGAAAUUACUUGCACAACUAUGGCAAAGCUGAGCAUUAUCUGUCCUAAAAAUUAGUCACUGACUACUUAUUACUUUAUUAAAAAAAAAAGACAAUAUUUAUGUACAAAAGGAACACAAUACUUAACUAGGCUCUUUCACUGUGGUUUACAUUUUUAUCUUAUUAUCUGAAAUGCUGGAACAAGUUUGGUACACAGAGAGGUAAACAGAAUACAGUUUUAGUAAACUGUGCCUGUCUUAGCAGUAAAAGAAAAGGAGGGGUGGUUUUUCUUUUUUUUUCUUUUUAAAUUGAUGCUUAUGUACUAAAUCAGUCCCAGUGUAUUGCCUACUGCAUAAAAUGGAACAUUACACAUGUGAGAUAAGAAAUCUAUUUUUUUAACUGUAAUAAAUUAACUAUAAUGACAAUGUGAACUGAUCAUGUUAACGUAAAAUUUAGAAAUUUGACACUUCAACUAGUCCAUUUCUAAAUAAAACUGAGAACUAAUUUUGAGCUGUUUACGCUCAUUUUCUUGAAGUGUACAUAAUUAUGGAAGAAACAUUUGUCCUGCUAGCUAUCAUGCCUGCAACAUACUGCAGAGGACCCAGAUUUUAUUUAUCUUGCUGAUCACUCCAUACGCAGUAGUCAAGCAAACUGUGCUAUCAUGUUUCAUAGUCAAACAACGCACGGAUAUUUUUUGUGCUUAUUUAUGUUGGUUUCAGUACAGUGUUAAUCUGGAAUAUGUACAUUUAAUGACUGAUAAAAACCUUCAAUUUUGCAUAAAUUGCUACUGUAAUGAGUGAGUAUACUUUUUUUAAAAUUACAGGGGAAACACUUCUUCCUGGAACAUUUUAUUUAUAUACAAAUAUAAUUUUAUUUAGGGAUAGUAUUUAUAAAUAAUAGUGUGUAUGUGAAUUUGUGUGAAUGUGUAUGCACUAUUGUGUAUAUAUGUGUGCACUCUGUAAUUGUUUCUUUUUGUGCCUGAACAUAUCUCUUGGUUAGAGGAAGUGCCAAGGAUCCGUCCAUUCCUUAAAGUCUCUGUUGAUUGUUCACCUAUGUUAUAAAAUUUUAUAAUUCUUGUUUGUAUAUACUGAUAACUGUUUUUGUACUUCAAUAAAAUGUUUUGUGUGAAAA